AUAUUUGGAUUCUUUUGACGAAAAACCCUACUCUUGUUCGUCGCUUCAGGUAGCGCCAUGGCCGCGAGGUUUCUCCUUUCCAGAGCAUCCCUAAACCUACGUUCCUCCCCCUCUCACUUUGGUUCGAGUUGCCCGUCGGCCGCCGCCAACGCCUUCUGCGACUUGUUCCGACCCUUCGGUGGUCGGACCGUCCCUCCGGCCUUUUCAAGGUCCAUGGUCUCCGUCUCAUCUCCACGGCUCGACCUCGCCGAGGACAUCUCCCCUUCUCUGGACGUCGACGGAAGGGUUCCCGCCACUGUUAUCACUGGAUUCCUUGGUUCCGGAAAGACAACAUUACUGAACCACAUCUUGACCUCACAACAUGGGAAGAGAAUUGCUGUCAUUGAGAAUGAGUUUGGGGAAGUGGAUAUUGAUAGUUCAUUGGUUGCUAAUCAUUCUUCUGUUUCCGAGGACAUUGUUAUGGUUAACAAUGGUUGCCUCUGUUGCACUGUGAGAGGAGACUUGGUUAAAAUGCUUUUGAAGCUUGCUAAAGAAAAGCGUGACCAGUUUGACCACAUAGUUAUAGAGACAACAGGACUUGCAAAACCUUCUCCUGUUAUAGAAACUUUCUAUACAGAUGAUUUGGUUGCACAGCAUGUGAAACUUGAUGGUGUUGUUACUUUGGUGGAUUCUAAGCAUGCUAUGAAACAUUUGAAUGAAGUUAAAUCGAGAUGGGCUGUGAAUGAAGCGGUAGAACAAGUUGCAUAUGCAGAUCGUAUUAUAUUAAACAAGACAGAUUUGGUGAAUGAGACUGAAUUGGAUGCACUAGCUAAGAAAAUCAAGCACAUAAAUGGGAUGGCACAAAUUAAACAAGCGCAAUUUGGAUCUGUGGAUAUAGAUUUCGUUUUGGGAAUAGGUGGAUAUGAUUUGGACCGAAUUGAAUCUGAUGUUCAGAUUGAUGUCAGCCAUAACACUAGUCAUCAAUGCGGCCAUGAUCAUGAUCACCAUAGGGAUCAUCAUCAUGGUCAUGUGCACGAUUCAGCUGUAACUAGCGUCAGUAUAGUUUCUGAGGGGACUUUGGAUCUCGAUGAGGUUAACGACUGGCUUGAGAGACUAGUCGAUGAAAAAGGUGAAGACUUGUACAGGCUGAAAGGUGUCCUAUCAGUAAAUGACUCGACCGGCCGCUAUGUAGUUCAGGGGGUGCACUCCAUGUUGGACGGCUGUCCUGCAAAGCCAUGGGGGGAAGGUGAGAAGCCGAUCAACAAACUUGUGUUCAUCGGUAGGAACUUGGACGAGACGGCUUUGCGAAAUGCCUUCAGAGGGUGCUUACUAUAGAUGAAACUUCUCAAAGAUGGCCUUGUUUUUGGUAGCAUGUUGUCAUAAUUUUCAUAUUUAUAUUAUUUAAAAACAAUUUGGUCUCA